AUGUUAGAAGGGAAAACAUUCGUCAUAUACACCGAUCAUAAACCUCUAACAUUUGCUUUCAAACAAAAGUCCGAUAAAUGGACUCCCCGUCAGACGCGUCAUUUGGACUUAAUUGCUCAGUUUAGCACAGACAUCAGACAUGUAUCGGGAAAAGACAACGUUUUCGCUGAUACGCUGUCGCGAAUAGAGGAGGUCAAGGAACCGUUAGAUUUCAUCGCCCUCGCAACAGACCAACAGCAGGACGAAGAAAUAAAAACAUACCUACGCCCCGAAUCAAGCCUUCAACUGAAGAAGAUCGAGAUUCCUGGUAUGGGUGUAUCUGUUUUUUGCGACCAUUCUACAACAGUUCCGAGACCAUUUCUGACGCCAAAAUUUCGAAAAACAGCUUUCAAUGCAGUCCACGGCCUUUCUCACCCCGGCAUCGAAGCCACCGUGAAGCUGAUGACAAGUCGUUUCGUAUGGCCCUGCAUAAAAAAAGACUGUCGCGAAUGGGCUCGCGCAUGUGUACCAUGCCAGCGUUCGAAGAUUACGCGUCACGUAUCAGCACCGCACGGGAUUUUCAAACAACCAGCAUCCAGAUUCGACCAUGUCCACAUCGAUUUGAUCGUGAUGCCAGUAUCCGAAGGCAAACGGUAUUGCUUUACCUGCGUGGACCGUUUCACUCGUUGGCCGGAAGCAUUUCCAUUGGAGGACCAGACCGCCGAAACCGUGGCUAGAAUCUUCUACGAAGGGUGGAUCUGCAGAUUUGGCGUACCGUUACAAGUAACUACCGACCAGGGACGGCAGUUCGAAUCAGAUCUUUUCCGACGUCUCAACGAACUGACUGGAUCAACCCACCUACGUACGACCGCAUAUCAUCCCCAGGCCAAUGGAAUGGUAGAACGAUUACACCGGCAACUAAAGUCAGCUAUCAUAUGUCACGCCACUGACCGAUGGACCGAAGUGAUAUCUACCGUUUUAUUGGGAAUACGAUCGGCAUGGAAAGAAGAUAUUCAAGCCACCUCCGCGGAUCUUACCUACGGACAGCCGCUGCGAUUGCCUGGAGAGUUCCUAGCCCCAAGAAAGGGCGAAACGUUCGAGGAUGUAGCUGAUUACGCCGAGCGACUCAAAAACGACUUCGCAAACUUGACCCCAGUUGCAGCUACAAGUCAUAAACAACAAAAGACAUUCGUCUUUAAGGAGUUAGCUAACACCGAUCAAGUUUUCGUACGAUAUAAUGGACCCAAACAACCCCUACAUCCUGCGUACGAAGGUCCAUACACGGUCAUUAGCAGGACAGUAAAAAUAUUCAUCGUGCGAAUAAAUGGCAAAAAUGUCGUGGUCUCAAUCGACCGUUUAAAACCAGCAUUUACCAUGUCAGAGGACGACACGCAAGAAAAAGUUCCUCAGCAAACGAUGCAGUCCGAGCAACCUAUCCAGGAUCAAAUGCAACCCACAGUUAACCGAUCAGGCAGGAAGGUUCGCUUCACCGAUCGCUAUCAAGCAAGCCCAUAA